AUGUCCCUUCGCGUGGAUUCUUUCCCCAACUUUGCAGAAUUCUGGCUUGCGGUUUGUGAAAUGGAUGACAGUGAAAGCUUGGCUCUGGUUCAGACCUUUGUGUAUGCUAUCUGGGAAGCACGAAACCGGGUUGUGUUUCAGCAGGGAGAGACCUCUGUUGCGCUUGUUCUACGGCGAGUUGCAGAUCUGCAUGGUCACGUCCGAGAGCCAAUGGAGGGCCAGCGAAUGCGACAAGCACAACUCAAAGCCACUUGGUGUCGACCAGCUCGAGGUAUCAUCAAAUGUAAUUUCGAUGCUUCUUUUCGUGAUGGUGGAAUUGCAGGCCUGGGCAUGGUUGCCCGCAACUGUGAUGGCGAGGUGAUGGCUUCCGCUUGUUCAUCCCCAGUUUCCAUAAGCUCUCCUCUCCUAGCUGAAGCUUUGGGGUUGCGGUGGACAAUGCAGCUAGCUACUGACUUGGGCUUUCGCCGGAUUACUCUUGAAACAAAUUGUUUGCAGCUUUUUAAUACUUGGAGAUCACAGGAGGAGGGACGCUCUUAUUUGAGUUCCAUUAUUAGUGAUUGUCGCAUUUUAAUUUCAGCAUUUGACUAUGUUUCAGUUUCUUUUGUUCGACGCACGGGUAAUACUGUUGCGGAUUUCCUAGCUAGGAACUCAGAUACUUAUGCCAAUAUGGUUUGGGUAGAAGAGGUUCCAUUAACAGUAGUUUCUUUGAUUGAUGCAGAUGUAAUGAACUCUUUGCCUUCUGGCUUUUAA